AUUGUGAAACUCAGUGUCUAAGAGGAAGUGAUCUACAGCAGGAGGGGAAAAACCAGAAGAACCCUAAACAAAUGUGCUGACAGAGCAUGAAUAUUGCCUUUUGUACACAAGGCUGGGAGAAACAUCAGAGUUCAGGGGGACAUCCACACAGCAGAAGACCUUCCAGGAUGAUUAUGAAAAAAGCAUUAAAAACAUCCCUGAUGUUUAAUGAGUCCUCCAGCAUGAAAUUAGGCGUGAACAAUCAAAAAGACGUCAAAACGUUUCAAAUCUUUGGGGCAAUUCUGACGUUUGGUCUUGUCCUGAUGGCUUUUUACUUCCUGAGUAUGGACAGCACAGCUGAUGCUCACAGAGAAGAAGCAGUAGUUGUCAGCAUUUACAGAAAUGUGCAGGAGGAAGGACUGUACAGAGAUCUCCCAGAGGAAGAAGGACUCUAUGGAGAUCUCCCAAGAACCACAAUAACUGAGGAAGGCACCAACAGAUGCAAUGACUCCUGCAGCUUUGAACUCGUGGAAAAUGUUCCUUAUGACUUACCCUUCGAGAUAAACAGCACCGCAGCCAAACCCUUGUACCAAGCCUGGACGAGACUGCUUGAUCUAGCCCAGGAAAAAGUGCACGUGGCUUCUUUCUACUGGUCUCUUACUGGGAAGGAUAUCGGUGUCAAUGACUCCUCUUCCAAGCAGGGUGAAGAUAUUCUGCAGAGGUUUGAGAGGUUACUCGCAGAGAAUGUCUCUUUGUAUAUUGCAGCAAGUUCACCAAGUCUGGCUACAAAAUCAAGAGACCUUGAGCUUUUAGAGGAAAAAGGGGCUCAUGUGAAAAAGAUUGAUUUUGGACAUCUGACAGGAGGAGUGCUGCAUAGCAAAUUCUGGAUAGUAGACAUGAAACACAUAUUUAUUGGUAGUGCAAACAUGGACUGGAGAUCUUUGUCUCAGGUGAAAGAGUUUGGUGCUGUGAUGUAUAACUGCAGCUGCUUGGCUCAAGACCUCUGGAAAACAUUUAGGACCUACUGGGAUGUUGGAUACCCUAAUGCUACCAUCCCAAUCCCUUGGCCUCUUAAUUAUUCAACCCACAUUAAUAAUCGUCGGCCUCUGGAAGUAGAAUUUAAUGGAAUAUUGACAGAAACCUAUUUUUCCGCUUCCCCUCCAGCAUUUUGUCCAGAAGGUCGCACCCAUGACCUCUAUGCUAUACUCAGUAUUAUCAGACAGGCACAGAAGUUUGUUUAUGUUUCUGUUAUGGAGUAUUUCCCUACCAGCCGCUUUGUUAAUCCAAAAAGGUACUGGCCAGCCAUUGACAAUGCCCUGAGACGAGCGGCUUUCAACCACAGAGUGCAGGUCCGGCUCCUGGUCAGCUGCUGGGCGUACACUGACCCAGCCAUGCUCCACUACCUGAGGUCCCUGCGUGCUCUCAACAACCCACACGCCCACAUCAGUGUCGACGUGAAACUCUUCAUUGUUCCUGUUCUCAAUCACACAAACAUUCCUCAUGGGAGAGUGAAUCACAACAAAUACAUGGUCACUGAUAAAGUAGCCUACAUCGGGACUUCCAAUUGGUCAGAAAACUACUUCACUGAUACAGCUGGAGUGGGACUAAUUAUCAAACAGAAUUCGACCAAUCUGCAAAGAAGGCAACGACCUGUCCAGGAACAGAUGAAAGAUCUUUUUGAGCGAGACUGGAAUUCCAAAUAUGCAGUGAAUCUGGAAGAUGUGCAGGGACAGAAAGACUGUAACUGGGAUGGAGACCCUGAAGUGAAUUGAAAUGUGCACUUAAAAUAGAAACAAAAAAAAAAAAAAGUAUUUGAAUCUUGUUCACGUGCAAAUCAAGGAACUCUUCUUUUUGUCUUCAUCAGAGAAAUCACUUCAUUGUAGCACCCUUAUUGGUGACAUGAGAAUUUGUGAUAGCUGACUUUACCUGCAAAACUACUAGUCAGUGUGUGAUGUUUGAUUUUUUUGUGUGAUUACCUCAUUGCAGAGUUAAUGAAAUGCUUACAAUGUUGUAUGACAAGCUGUCUGGCACUAAAGCAAACAUCAGAGACACAGAUCAUUAUUGCUCUGCUAUUCUAUCUUUAGAAACUAUGUAUUUCAACCUAAAAUUCCAUUAGUAAUGUUUGUUUACAUGUGUUUAAAAAUUUUUAAUAAACUCCUGGCCACCUUCA